GGGCAGCGUGGUGUCCGCGUUCUGGAUUACAUCACAAAACACGGAAAGUGCGUUAUAUUCUGUAGUUUACCGGAAUUACAGCGAAUUCUAGACCGUGUACUCGGUUCCGGGGUGCAUUUGACGAUCCAACAUGGAUAACGUAUCUCUGGAAAACCUUUCCUCUUCCCAAAAGGAUGAGCUGAUGACCACAAUCAAGCAGAAAAUUGCGAUAGCCAACGCUCAGGAACUUGUGACUAAAAUGACUGAGAAAUGUUUUAAAAAGUGCGUAGGCAAACCUGGACAGGAUUUGGACAGCUCAGAACAGAAAUGCAUCGCCAUGUGCAUGGACCGGUUUAUGGACUCCUGGAAUGUCGUCUCUCGAUCGCUCAUGCAGCGCGUCCAGCAAGAACAGUACAAAGGAUAAGGCCGUGGCGGGUGGCGGAACCAGUGCUAUGAUGAAAAAGUGCGCUACGCUUAGUCUCAUUCGUCGGCGACGAUCUUGCAUUACCUUUCAGCGUUUAUUAUCGGGAACGGUGGACGACGAGAUGGUUGUUCGAGUUCAUAAACCCUCACACUAGCCAAUAAAUCAUACCAAGAGACAGGCUAUCGAAGAUGCCACGGAAAAGUA